CAGUAAAGCUGCUAAAACAGGUAGAUACAAAUUGAAGCAGCUUACAUACACACACCAAAAUCAAAGGCGCACUUGGCUGGAAUUCUGGCGCGCCCCAACGUGGGUCACACUGUGCGAACUCGGGAACGCGUACACAACACACGGAGCGGAGUGAGCCGAGCAAAGAAAACAGGGGGAAAAGCGGAAAAGCCACCACCAGAACCAGAGCGUGGAAGGGAAAAGCAAAAGCUAGCAGAGGUCCACCGAAUAACGCACGCAGCCCGCAGCCUCCGAGCUCCAAGGAAAUCCUGAGCACACGCGUCCGCCUGCAGCUGCUCCCAGAUACAGAUCCAGAUACAAAGACUCUGCUUCGCUGAGUGCGUGUUGCCCCAGGCUCCGUCACCUGGUCAGCCCCCAGCCGCCAGCCCCCAGCCCCCAUCGUCGGCUGCAGUGCAACAGAAAAUCUGCGGGGGAUGAGCGCGUUUGUUUUCGGGCAGGUGUGCGAUCCCGAAGCGAUUGAGUAGCUGAAAGGAGUAGCUGCUGGGCAGCAGCCAGGGAUAACGCUGCAUCCCAAACAUCCUUGCUGAGCUGCUGAGCUGCUGGGCUCCUCAGCAUAAUUUGAAUCGCAAAAAUCGAAACGGAGCCAAGCGAAACGAAUCCAAACGAAACGAAGCGACGCGAAAACGAGAAAUCGGCUCCUUUGCGAGAGAGCCCCAGUGCAUGUGUAUGUGUAAGUGUGAGUGUGUGCGUCGGUGUGUGUGCGCCCGUGUGGCAGUGUGUGCGUGAGCAGCAUCCUGGAAGCCAGAAAAAGACAGGAGAAAUAACAAAAAUAUAAAAACAGAGGGGCCAUCACCGCAUCAGUUCGCAUCAGUCCGCAUCAGUUCGCAUCGGAUCGCAUCGCAGCCUCCCUGGGAAUGGAGGAAUGACGCUGAGUAGGUGCCAGUGCCACGAGCAGGAUCGGAAUAGGGAUUAGCCAGCGUCCAGCAUCCUCCGAUGCCACCGCAUAGACAUAGAUACAGACUACAGAUACGGAUACACACAACCUGCUUUUGUCCAGGCAGCGGCGCAUAAUGCAGUGAUUAUCUACCGCUCGCCUCGUCUCGUGCAAUCUCCCAGUCCCAGUGACAGUUAGCUCCAGCUCCAUAUCCGUCUCCAUAUCCUCCCCGGCAAUCCACCCACAGCCCCAGCCGCAGCCACAACGGCAAUAGAGCAACAGACCAGCAUCGCAGAUCCCGAAGCGCAGCAAGAUGACCACGGACUUCCUCUUCCCCAAAAUAGCGGACUGCUCCUACGUGUCCUGCUACUGCGAGGAGAACGUAUGGAAGCUCUGCGAGCAGGUGAAGCGGACGCGACCGGAGGAGCUGUCCAAGUGCUACGCUGUCUUCGUCUCCAACGAGGGUCGCACCGUGCCCCUUUGGCGCCAGAAGGCAGGACGUGGCGAUGAUCAAGUUGUGAUAUGGGACUACCACGUCUUCUUCAUACACAAUCCCUUGCUGAAUCGCUGUUUGGUGUUUGAUCUGGACACCACACUGCCCUUUCCCACAUAUUUCCACAAGUACGUGACGGAGACGUUCCGCUCCGAUCUGGCCCUGCGUCCGGAGCACCACAGAUUCUUCAGAGUCAUACCCGCAGACACAUAUCUCAUUGAGUUCUCGUCGGAUCGGCGUCACAUGCGUCGGCCGGAUGGCAGUUGGAUCAAGCCACCGCCCUCCUAUCCACCAAUACUGUCCAACUCGAACAUGCACUGUCUAGGGGACUUCAUCUGCAUGAGUGCAGGAAAAGGUCCUGGAGCGGUAUACAGUCUGUCGGAGUUCGUGCAAAACUUCUACAAGUCGCCACAUGUGAUGGCGCAGAACAACAAGUAGAUGGAGGGCCAGAGAAUCCUGGUUAGGGGAUCUAGAAUGCCGGAUCGUGCGUCCGAUGCAUCCAACAGCCCACAGAUGCAGAACGCAUCCAGCAACUCAACCGCAUCCAAAUGCAAAUACAAAUCCGUAUCGAAUCGUUUUGUCGUUGUCGUUACCAGACAGUUAAUUACCAAUUGCAUACAUAUACAUACAUACAUAUACACGCGAACAUAUAAAUAUAUUUAUGAUAAUGUA